AUGGACUCGUUCAAACUCCUCAAGCGCCGUACCAUGGAGCUGUUCGAUUCGAUCGAAGACAAACUGCCACACUCGCUGCCGUCCUUCGGCGGUGGGAGCCACGGCAUGAAGGGAACGUGGGAGAAGAUCCAGGUCCCGCCACUUCCUAGAUCAUCCCACUCGGCCGAUAUCGUGGACGGGACACUCUAUAUCUUCGGCGGCGAGGUCGAGCCCCGCCGGCCCGUCGACAACGACAUGCACGCCAUCACACUGCCCGCGAGCGGCGCGCAGGCCGACUACUACGCCAUCAAGGCCAAACCGGCAAAGCCCGCUGCUCAGACCGAGAAGAAGCCGGCCAUUCCUCCCGUCGGAGAAGGCGAGCCGAUGCCGGACCCCGCCGAAGAAGGGGAGGAGGAGGAAGAAGAAGAAGAAGAAGAGAAACCCCUCGCGGACGUCUCCCUCACCACCCCUUCCCCAGGACCGGGCAAGCAGAGCCAAGGCAGCCUCUCCGUGGCGCCCCACCCGGAACUUCCCGACGUCCCUCCCCCGCGCGUGGGCCACGCAACCGCUGUCAUCGGCCACCGCAUCUUCCUGUUCGGCGGCCGCGGCGGCCCGGAAAUGACUCCGCUCGACGAGGGCGGGCGAGUCUGGGUGUUCGACACGCAGACCCGGCUGUGGUCCUACCUCGACCCGCGCCCCGCAGCCGCAGGCCUCUCCGACGAAAUCCCCCGGCCGGCGCCACGGAGCUACCACUGCGCCGUGGCCACCGCGAAACCAGACUCCUUCACCAAACCCACCGCGCCUUCCUCCGCCUCCGCCUCUCACCACCAGCACCAGCGCCAGCAUUCCAACGCCGAAGCUUGGCGCGACUGGGCGCUAGGCAGCACCCCGGAAACGGGCACGCCGCAGCGCCCGAUCGUGGGCGUGGUGGCGGAGCGGGCCGUGGACGCCGACGCGGACGGGUUCGGCACCUUCAUCAUCCACGGCGGGUGCGUCGCGGGCGAGCCGUCCCGCAUGAACGACGUCUGGGCGUUCGACGUGCGCUCGCGCGUGUGGCAGCGCCUGCCCGACGCCCCCGGCUCGCCCCGCGGCGGCGCCGCGCUGGCCCUGAGCCGGAGCCGGCUGUACCGCUUCGGCGGGUUCAACGGCGCUUCCCAGGAAGGGGGGCAGCUGGAUUUCCUGGAGCUCGGGGUCGACAGCUUCGAUGAUCAGGUCAGCAAGGGCGAGGCGGUGCUGUGCGCGCGCAAGGGCGGGUGGAAGAGCCUGCUGUUCCCCGGCAGGGAAGAUGUCGGGUACAAGGAGGCCGAUCCCGCUGCGAAGCCGCUCGCCUCCUCGGCGGAGGAGGAGGUGCAGUGGCCUGGGAACCGGAGCGUGGCGUCCCUCGAGGCGGUCACGGUCGGCGGCGGCCGGGAGUACCUGGUGCUGAUGUUCGGCGAGCGGGAGGCGUCUGGGGCCGGGCACGCGGCGGCGGGCCGGUUCUGGGACGAUGUCUGGGCGUUCCAGGUGCCCGCGCAGGGCAUGUCGCUCGCGAGCGUGACGGACACGGCGUUUUCGGUCGUGGGUAAGAGCGGGGAGGGACGGUGGAUGAAGGUCGAGAUGGGACCGCAUGACGACGAGGACGAUGCUUCGGCCGAGGGACCCGGCGCGAGGGGCUGGGUGGCUAGUGCGCCCAUGGGUGAGCUGGAGGAGAACGGGAUUGUGGUCUGGGGCGGGCUGGAUGAGGGGAAUCAGCGGCUUGGGGAUGGAUGGAUUUUCAGGCUGGGUUGA